AUGUCGCUGUUCGGUGCGAAAACUGGCGGUGGCUUGAGCAUCAACACUGGUGCUGCCAAUUCUGCCGCCGGCCCUUCGUCGACACCCGCAGCUGGCGGAGGACUCUUUGGAAACACAGCGGCCACAACACAACCUGCUACGAGCGGUGGUCUCUUUGGGGGAACCCAGACUGGAGCUGCAAGCGGAGGACUGUUUGGCAACAAGCCAUCAACACCCGCGACUGGCGGCCUGUUUGGUGCAUCUACCACAGCUUCUCAGCCCCAGCAACAGGCCGGAGGUCUAUUCGGCGGAGCGACAACAGCAACACCCCAGGCCCAGCCCCAGCAAGCGGGAGGCCUUUUCGGUCAGGCGGCGAAUACCACAACCCAGACAGGCACCACAGGGGGAGGACUGUUUGGAAACCAGACACCGGCGCAGCAGACGGGCCAGCAGCAACCUCAACAAAGCGGAGGACUGUUCGGAGCGGCCCAGCAGAAGCCAGGGGGAGGUGGUCUAUUUGGCCAGUCGCUGUCAAUGACCCAGCAGCAGCCAUCAGGACUGUUCGGUGGCGGAAAUACAAACACGCAGGCGCAACAGACACCGCAACAGGGUGGCGGCGGCCUCUUUGGCUCGAGUCUUGCCCCCAGCCAAGCCAAGCCUGGUGGUCUUUUUGGCGGCGGCGCUUCAACCCAGCAACAGAACAACACAGCUCCCGGCCUGACUAUGGGUCAGUCGACCACGCAGCAAACCGUUCCCGGUGUAAGGGUGGACCUUUCGAACGUCAAGGGCACGACCCGCUUCAACGACCUCGAGCAGUCCCUGCAGACCGAGAUGGAGAACUGCGACACCAUGAUCCAGCGCUUCAUGAACCACGCGUCCGAGAUCAGGGGUUUCAUGGCGGCCCAUGGCGGCGAUCUUGCUCAGCUCACCAACGACGUCACCUGGCUGCAGCGCAAGUACGAGGGCGUCAAGACGACCCUGGACGAGGACAUUGUCACCCUGGCACACCUGAAGGAUCUUGUCAAGUCGGAUGCGGACAUCGCAAAGAUGGCAUUUGCUGGCGCCGAUCAGCUUAAGCUCCCUGCGCACUACCACCAGACGUGGCUCACCCGCGGUGGAACCGGCAGUAACGCGCCGAACGGCAACCAGGACCGCAAUCUGGAGGACGUACUCACCCUUUUCUCGAACGAGGCCGACAGGCUAAAGGAGCUGCACCAGUUCCAGGUGCAGAAGAUCAAGGAGAUGGAGCAGCACAUGCCAGGUGUCGAGCACGGCCUCUACGAGCGGGUGCGCGCCCUGCGCGACCAGACGCAGGUUCCCGCGUUCAACAUGGUCCUGGACCUUUUGGAGACGAUCAAGAUGAUGGGUGACAAAAUUUACGAGGCGGCAGGUGGCAUUGUGGAUGUCCGCGAGAAGCUGACCCAGCUUCAGCGCCAGUACCCCACCAAGUGA